UGGGGCCGAGAGCGGUUCGCGCGCUUCGGGCCUAGUCCAGACUCGCCGCCGCCGCCGCCAUAUUCCCGUGGCAUCUUUCUUGCUUUGUCCGUUCUCCGGGCGCGAGAUCUUCCUUCCGAAGCCAUGUCAGAAGGAGUUGACUUGAUUGAUAUAUACGCUGACGAGGAAUUCAAUCAGGACCCAGAGUUCAACAACACAGAUCAGAUUGACCUGUAUGAUGACGUGUUGACAGCCACUUCACAACCUUCAGAUGACAGAAGCAGCAGCACUGAGCCACCUCCUCCUGUUCGCCAGGAGCCAUCUCCCAAGCCCAAUAACAAGACCCCUGCAAUUCUGUACACCUACAGUGGCCUGCGCAAUAGGCGAGCUGCUGUCUAUGUGGGCAGUUUCUCCUGGUGGACCACAGACCAGCAGCUGAUCCAGGUUAUUCGCUCUAUAGGAGUCUAUGAUGUGGUGGAGUUGAAAUUUGCAGAGAAUCGAGCAAAUGGCCAGUCCAAAGGGUAUGCUGAGGUGGUGGUAGCCUCUGAAAACUCUGUCCACAAAUUGUUGGAACUUCUGCCAGGAAAAGUUCUUAAUGGAGAAAAAGUGGAUGUGAGGCCGGCCACCCGGCAGAACCUGUCACAGUUUGAGGCACAGGCUCGGAAACGUGAGUGCGUCCGAGUCCCAAGAGGGGGAAUACCUCCACGGGCCCACUCCCGAGAUUCUAGUGAUUCUGCUGAUGGACGGGCCACACCCUCUGAGAACCUUGUGCCCUCAUCUGCCCGUGUGGAUAAGCCCCCCAGUGUGCUGCCCUACUUUAAUCGCCCUCCUUCAGCCCUUCCCCUGAUGGGUCUGCCCCCACCCCCUAUUCCACCCCCACCACCUCUCUCCUCAAGCUUUGGGGUCCCUCCUCCUCCUCCUGGCAUCCACUACCAGCAUCUCAUGCCCCCUCCUCCUCGAUUACCUCCUCAUCUGGCUGUACCCCCCCCUGGGGCCAUCCCACCUGCCCUUCACCUCAAUCCAGCCUUCUUCCCCCCACCAAAUGCCACAGUGGGGCCUCCACCAGAUACUUACAUGAAGGCCUCAGCACCCUAUAACCACCAUGGCAGCCGAGAUUCGGGCCCUCCGCCCUCUACAGUGAGUGAAGCAGAAUUUGAAGACAUCAUGAAGCGGAACAGAGCAAUUUCCAGCAGUGCCAUUUCCAAAGCUGUAUCUGGAGCCAGUGCAGGGGAUUACAGUGACGCGAUUGAGACACUGCUCACAGCCAUUGCUGUUAUCAAACAGUCCCGGGUCGCCAAUGAUGAGCGUUGCCGUGUCCUCAUCUCCUCUCUUAAGGACUGUCUUCAUGGCAUUGAAGCCAAGUCUUACAGUGUGGGUGCCAGCGGGAGCUCAUCCAGGAAAAGACAUCGGUCCCGAGAGAGGUCACCAAGCCGGUCCCGGGAAAGCAGCAGGAGGCACCGGGACCUGCUUCAUAAUGAAGAUCGGCACGAUGACUACUUCCAAGAAAGGAGCCGAGAGCAUGAGCGACACCGGGACAGAGAGCGGGACCGGCACCACUGAGAGAGGAGUCUGGUUGGAAGCUAAUGUUUUUUUAAUGGACUUGCAUCUCCUCACCUUGAUCAGGACUAAAGGACGGAGGCCGCUCCACCCCUUCCCCUUCCUCCAAGCCCCUAACCCCUCCAGACACCCAGGGAAUACCCUCUACCCUACAGGAUUGAAGAUUGCCUGGCAGCCCUCCCAGUCCCACUCCUUUCUGCCAGGGUAAAGAACCUAAAGACUCCAUGUGGUUGGGAGGGUGGAAGACAGGAAGAGACCAUGUCCAGGUCCCUGGUCUCCAUAGAGAAUGGUGCUUUGUCCAAGGAAACGCAUUGAGUUUCUGAUUCUCCAGGAGCAGUUCACUGGUGAGGUUGAUGGGAAGAAUCCUUCCCAAAGAAAAGGGAUCCUCCCUGUGGGAUCUAGGAGAGUGACUGGGUGUGCCAAAUAUGCCCAGGGUCCUGCCCUCAGCACUAGGUUUGAUGGGGCCAAGAGGGUCCAAACCCCUUGCUAACAUACCACUUUGUUUAACUCCUUUACCUUCCCCGCCCUUUGAGGAGGGACCAUGGGAACAGAAACUACUUGCUGGAAAGCUCCUGUUCUUGCUUUUCCCUCUUACAUAUUGACGGUUUGUUUCCCUAACCUCCCGGAGGGCUCAAACCCUUCUAACUCCCUGCUGCCCAGCCUCCUCAGUGGACCUGCCCCUCCUAAGCCGAGAAGGGCCAUGAGGUUGCUGUCUGCUGGGGGAUCUGGCGGAGCCAUUAACCACCCUCUACUGCUUCUUGCUUGGUUGCCUGUUGCAAUAACCAGCUCCAUCCACUAGAUGUUCCCUUUCCCUGGGGCUUUUCCAUUUCACAUGUGGAGCCCUUCCCCCAAGAAGGCGGCUUCCUUGUUUUAGAGGAAGGUACUGCCAUUGGGAGUUGGGGAUGUCGGACCUCAGCAGUGAAGAACCCUCGUGAAGUACUAGGAAUGGGGAAGGAGGCAAGUUGGGCAGGAUAUGGCCUACUUCCAUAGGCUUUUCUUUUUUCAGGUUCGAUGUGAGCAUGGGCUUGCAUCCUCCAGGUACAUACUUUUACUUAUUGUGGGAUAACCUGGCACUAGUAAGUAAAGUCACAAAAAUUUGGUAUUUUUUCACCUUUUGACUUAAUAGCUCCCCUCGCUCUGCCUGGAGGUACUUGCUGCCUCUGAUAAGGAGCAAGGAAGAAGUGGAGCCUGACUUGAAUGAGCUCAGCUCAGAAUUCUAAGGACCACCACUCUGGGGGCCAUUUUCUACACAGGCAAAUGGAAUUGCUUUUCCCAUAACAUCCAAAUUGUGAUGUGGUUGCUGCUGACAGAAGCAGCAGCAACAGGGUCCUGCAAUACCUAUGGGGCGACGGAUGCUACUUCUACUUGCAUCUGUAAGGGCAUGUGACAUCUAACAGGAGACGUGGCAUGUGAGAUGUAGGGUCACUGGAGACCCUUCUGGCUCAGAGCGGAGAGACUGAGUUGGACCGAACCCUUCCUCUGUUCCCUGCACGUUUCUGACACAGCCCUCAAUCAGUCACUAAGGGAGUCCCCCCAGGGUUGGAGAGGCACAUUCCCUUGGGACAGAGGCUACCGGUUGUAGCUUUUUAUCCCCUGUCCCCCAACCCCAUCCCCGCCUCCACUUCAGAAUAUGGCACCCCGCCCAGCCAGCCAAGUGUUAAGUGAUGUGCUUAUCCUCAAGAGCAGCUCCGGGUGUCUUUUUAAUGUAGAGAAAACCAAGUAAGGUGACAGUUUACGGCGAAGGAAAUAUAUAUAGAAUACCAGAAAAGCCGUUUACCCGGAGAAUUUUUUUUCUCCCUAUAUUUUGUUUUGUUUUUACUCAAUGACACAAUUUUUAGUUUUAUUUCCUGAUAGCAAAAGGAAAGAAACCCAACCCUCAAAAAGGCCAUGGCCCCGUCCCCCUGUUGUUGGUGAUUUGUUUGUCUUUCUGAUAGGUUGAAAAUUGUGUAAUAAACUUGAUGACACUGUCAAUCUUUUAUACUGCAUUGU